UGGAUGGAACUGGCUCAGGGCUCCUAUAACGGCAGGACUUCCAAGGAAAGUUUUCACCUCGUCCCAGCUUCGUCCUGUUGUCCCAGUUUUUGCCUGGUUUUGAGGAGCCGAGAGACGCCAAAGCUACAUUCCUGCACCGUGCUCGUUUCCCCCCCCGCCACCUUUACCUCGGCGGAGCGGCGGAAUACUCCCGCACCGGCGUGAGGAGUCGGAGGCAGGCAGGCCACGGAUGACCGAGGGAUUGUUUAUGUAUCUUCCCGGAGCUCCUACAAGCAGUCAGCGGGUGCAGACUUCAUAAACUGACCCGUAAUAAUGAGUGGACACCCGCCGCAACGGCGGCAAAGCAAUGUCGGCUCCUUAAUCUUGUCACAGCAGGACAAUGAAAGCCUUUUUAACUACCUUGGGAAGAAAUGCAUCACGUUGUCUUCAGGAGUGGUCCAGGUGUACACAGCAGAACGAAACGGCAGCUGGAACAAAAGAUGCUGCGGGGUGGCCUGUCUGGUCAAGGACAACCCACAGCGCUCCUAUUUCAUCAGGGUCUUGGACAUAAGGGAGGGUAAGAUGAUGUUCGAACAGGAGCUGUACAACUGCUUCAAUGGUAACCUGCAGAGACCUUACUUCAUUACAUUUGCUGGAGAUACGUGCCAAGUGGGUCUGAACUUCGCCAACGAAGAGGAGACCAAACGUUUUUAUGGCGCCUUAGCAGAGCUGACGGUGAAAAGAAACAGGAAAACGGAGAAGAGGCGAGACCCUCCAAAUGGACCUGCGUUGCCCAUGGCGACCGUCGACAUCAAACACCCAGAGAUCAGCAACUCGCAUCGUAUUCACAACAACGCUCCGAUGAACAACCUCGUGCACGGCUCCUUCCCCAGGAGGAUCAAGAAGGAAAAGGUGAAGAAGAAGAAGCUGACCAAGGCCGACAUCGGCACACCCAGCAACUUCCAGCAUGUAAAUCACAUAGGAUGGAACCCAAACACCGGCUUUGAUAUGAAUAACCUGGACCCAGAGCUGAAGAACCUGUUUGAUUUGGCCGGCAUCUCCGAGGCUCAGCUGAAAGACAAGGAGACCUCCAAGGCCAUCUACGACUUCAUUGAGAAAAAUGGAGGCGUGGAGGCCGUCAAAAACGAGGUACGGAGACAAGGUCCGCCCAGGUGGAGCGCUCCUCCACCGCCUCCACCCAGAGGUGGCCCUCCUCCUCCACCCCCACCCCAACAUGGCUCCGCCCCUCCACCACCUCCUCCUUCCCGGGUGGUCCGGGGCGCCCCGCCGCCUCCGCCCCACUCCCGGCCUCCAGUCUCGGCGCCCCCGCCUCCGCCCCCGUCCCGACCGGGUAUGUCCGCCCCGCCGCCUCCGCCACCCAGCCGCGGCGCUCUCCCGCCUCCGCCCGCCCCGGCACACGCCUCCCUCCCCGUGGCCCCGCCUCCUCCCCCGCCGCCACCGGCCAGCAACGGCGCUCCUCCGCCCCCACCCCCUCCGCCUCCUCCCGGACCUCCUCCUCCGCCCUCCAUGGAGGCCAACGGAGGGGAAGGCAAGUCUGCGCUGCUGAGUCAGAUCAGAGAGGGAGCGCAGCUGAAGAAGGUGGAGCAGAAGGAGAGGCCAGUGUCCACCGGCGGCAGAGAUGCACUUCUGGACCAGAUCCGACAAGGAAUCCAACUGAAAGCCAGGGACGAUAACUCCGAACCGACAUCUACUGACGCAGCACCGACAGCGGGCAUCGUCGGGGCGCUGAUGGCCGCGAUGCAGAAGAGAAGCAAAGCUAUCCACUCUUCGGACGAUGACGACGACGACGACGAUGACGACGACUUUGAGGAAGAGGAUGAAUGGGACGACGAGUGAAACUUUUUUUGUCUUUUCUUUUUCUUUUUUUUUUUGCCCUCGAUGACACUAAAAUUUAUCCCAGUCUUUCUAAAAUAAAGUUGAUGACUUCAUAAUUAUAAUUAAAAAUGUUCCUUCAGUUUUCUGUACAUUUUUAUUUCUGUUGCCUUUAUGCUUUUUCUUUUUUAUUAAUCUGUGCAAUACCUCAUUUAAUCUAUAAAUGUUUGUCGGUCUAAUCUUAGAGGUUGUCUAUCAUCGUUUGCUCCAUCUUGUCUCCUGAUGGGAUUAAUUUUCUUCCUUUGUUGCUACGCGGCUCAGACCGUCUAUAUUUCCAAAUGUGUUGAUCACGCUCUGUUUGUCAUUUUUCACAUCUGCUGUCUCCUGUCACACACGAUCCGACUUUGCUCCUGUUUUCACCCCGAUGUGCAAUUUUAAACGUCUCUUAAGCAUUUGAGCUGAAUGUUGGCUACUUUUUUUUUUUUUCCCUCAGCGCUUUGAGAGGGCUUACAGGAUAGCGAGACAAGUUGCCACAAAAUCUUAUUUGUAUCAUUGUUAGAAAGGGAGAAGAAAAAAAAAAAGAGGCUAUUUUCAUACCCGGUUGCUCUGUAGUUUAUUUUUACAUAUUCAAAUAAUUCUAGUUUAUUGAUCAUAUUUUCUUAAAAAAAAAAGAGAAGAAAAAGACAGCACUCUGGAAUAUUUAGCAUUCAUUCACUGUGGACUGUACAUUUACUCUAAACUUUGAGUCUUUUUUUUUUUGCACAUAUUGAAAAAUCCGACUCGUUGCAGGGAUAGAGAACAUUUUAGGGUUCGCAUCAUAAUUUAAAGUGCACGUGCUUUAAGUAAUGUAGCCAAAUACAUGAGGAAUUGAAAUGGUAGAUCAUUAACACUACAAACAGUAAAGAGGGUAGCCCACAGUCUUAUGUUUGGCUCUUUUUUUUUAUAUCUCUGCAACACUACAGGUUUAAUUGACUUUUGUGCUCAUUUGUUUUUUUUUUUUGUUGUUUUUUUUACAGUAGAAAGCAGAGUAUUAAUAAAUACCUGUUCAUUGUAAUCAGGUAAUUCAUCAUGUGAUGCUAAAAUAAAGAUAUUUUAGUUUUGCACACUGAUUCUUAUAAUGGGUCCAUUCUGCGUUUCUGUACUGGUCAAACGCUGGCAUAUUAAUUACCGACCACGUAUUGACUUGACUACUUUUAAUUAUGAGCGGUAACAUUGGGACAUCUAUGCACAGUCAAUGUUGAAUUAAGCAAGCAUUGAAUUUUUAAGUUUUACCCUUCAAAGUGGAUAUGUCACAGUUAAAUUGUUUAAUUAUUUUGCAUAGCAGUCAUAAAAAAAGGGUUUAUUACAAUAUCCGCUGAAAUAUGAGCUGAAUUUCAGAAAUAUAAUUUUUGACUCAGCAGUUCUUACAUUUUUAUUUUUAUUAUUUUGGGGGGGGUGGGCUGCAGAAGAAAAAGAAAUGACGAUGGGUAAAGUUUGUCAUUUGCCAACUGUAGUUUUAGUCUUAAGUCAACAUAAUGCAGAACUGCUAAUAUGAAGGUAAAAAGAUGCUGGUCAUUUUUACCUUCGCCUCUUUUUCGUUGUUGCUUUCAAAGAAACAUAAUUUUUUUUAAGUACAAAAAAUUGCCGUUUGCCCCGAGGCAUUUUUUUUAAUCAUACGUGUCGAUCACGGUGUUGUGAAGCCGUCUAGAUACAUUUUAAACACCUAACAAUAGUGCUUGGAUUUUCAAAGUAGUUAAUUUGGAUGUAAGCCAAAAUAGUUUCUCAUGUUUCUGCUUAUAAUGCAUGAAGUUCGACUCGGUGGUGUUUGUAUAAUCUCUUAAACAGAAAGCCGAGUGAGAUGGCCACAUUUGCCUUGUUCCUGUUAGCAACUCAGCUGCUAACCCUGACAACAUUAAAUCUGUUAAUGUAGGGAUUUCAAGUUUUGUAAAGAUGCUUUAAUUUUGUUUUUCAGGAACACAGCUUCUUCAGAUUAUAUAAGAUUGUAUAGCAAUUUAGCUAGCUAUAUAGCUACAUAGCUAUCUGUAGCUAUAUAGCUAUAUGUAACUACAUAGCUAGCUACAGUAUAUAGCGAUGUAGUUAUUUGACUAGCUUAUAAACAUACAUAGCUAUCGUAGCUAUGUAGCUACAUAGCUAUAUGUAACUACAUAGCCAGCUACAGUAUAUAGCGAUGUAGUUAUUUGACUAGCUUAUAAACAUACAUAGCUAUCGUAGCUAUGUAGCUACAUAGCUAUAUGUAACUACAUAGCCAGCUACAGUAUAUAGCAAUGUAGUUAUUUGACUAGCUUAUAAACAUACAUAGCUAUCGUAGCUAUGUAGCUACAUAGCUAUAUGUAACUACAUAGCCAGCUACAGUAUAUAGCGAUGUAGUUAUUUGACUAGCUUAUAAACAUUUAAAAUUUGAGCUUAUUCCAAUGUUUUCUGGCUUUUUCAGGGCAACUUAUUUGAGUAAAAUAUGUACUCAUUUUUGGGGGCUAAAAGACAAGAAUUUUAAUUAUUUGGGCAACAAAAACAGAAAGAGGGCAGUCUCACUACUCCAACCCAUCUUUCCCUAGCAACACAUUAACUGUAGAAGAGAAUAGUUGGUGUUUGUCAUUAGCUUAAAAUUUGCUAGCAUUUGUUUUGUUCCCGUUGGAAAAUACUCCAUCAAAGGUUAAUGUGUGAGGAGAAUUUUGCAUUUGUUUUGCACGCUGAAUAUGAAGAACCAAAACAUUUUGUUUACAAGAAGUUUCCAAACAUACAUUCCAUAAUAGUCCCUACUUCCUACUUUAACUACAAGUUAAUUAAAGCAAUUUUUUCAAAAUCUGGCUUAGGUGUACUGUAAAGAAGUGUUGGAUGAUUAAGAAGUAAUGUCUACCAUUGCUUUAUCAGGAAAUUAAAUAUUUAAAGUCAAUUGGCCAAAAUGAGGAUGCGUGUAAUUAAAAUCUCAGAAAAUAAUGUACAGUUAAAUGAUGCGUGGGAUUUGAGUUUUCUACAACAUAUUUAAGCCAUCAAAAUAUUUGACAAAAAAAAAAGUAAAGCGAAAUGGCAUGGAAAGCUACAAAUGACACCGCAUAUCAAUAGGAAUAAAUACUGAAACACACAGUAACAUUUUUAUUCGUAUGAAAAAAAGGUGACUAAAAACAUUUUCUUGUCCCACUAUCAGUUUUUGUUCCUUCUGUUGGGAGCUACUUGGCACCAUAACACACUCCCAGUUCAAUUAGCAGCUCAUGAAACUGGAGAUAUUCCUCUUUGUUAGUUUUAAAUGACAAUCAUCAGUCACGUCUGCUCAAGAGUUUUGAAUUGAAAACUACCAUCGCUGUAAUGCUGCCAAGAAACAGCAGCGUAUUCUGAUAGCUUAGCUUGUAGUACACCAGUUCACAGUCCUACAAAAAAAAACAAAAAAAAGAACAUGUUUCUAAAAUGCUUAUUUGAAACUUUAGUCUUAUCCAGGCAGAAAUAAUAACUUAUCAUCCUUUCCUGCUGGUUUGUUUUUCUGUUGGCAAAAACUGAACUGUCAAUCUUAAAUUUUCUGACGGUGAAAGACAAAGUGCCACUUGUUUGAUUAAAUUAAGAUCUCUGUUGUUGUUAGGUGUUAAAAUAUGCAAAUUCUUUUGUCGGCUUCUUCAGGAAACUGUAAAAAAAAAAAAAAAAAAAAGAAUGACACCAACUCCAAUC